GUAGAAGCUACUGCGUCAGCUCCAUCAGUUCAACAUGAAGGAUACCGUGCCCCAAUGCAUACAAGAAUUCUUGAAAACACCAAAUCGUUUGAUUACAGUAGUGCAUGUGCUCGUGAUACUAAUGCUUUGAUCAAGGUGAGUACUGAUUUGCUGCGAUUAUACGGUAAUCGACAAAGAUUCCGAAAUUUACUCACAUCUAGGCAAAAACUUGGAAGCUUACCAUCUGCUUACACAAAAAUUGAUGAUGGAAAUGGUAAUGAAGUACCCAUCUCUGAAAGUGAUUCCUGGCGUAAUAAUGCCCCAAAAAUUUCUCAAAACAUUAAUAAUGAUACGCAAGGAUCAUUCAUUCUUUCCAAUUUGUAUGAAAUUAAGUGGAAACUACAGUCAUCCACGACUAAGCCAUCAAUUUGCUCAUCACUUUCACCUUCUCAAUCCCUGCAUAAUGAACAAUUGGAAAAUGGCGAGCAAAUGUACAACAACUCACCAAAUAGGAAUGGUUUACAAGUGGAAAAUAUGGCAGCAAGUUAUCAAAUUCGAUCAAAAUGUCUUAAAAAAAGCGUACAACUAAAUGAUCGUUGUGUGAUUCUUGCUCUGAUUGGAGUUUUAUUCAUGAUUAUCGAUAACGAAGUUACUGCGCAGCCAUCAUUGCAUCACUCUAAAGACUGCACCGUAUCACUGGUUUUACGGUCAAUUGUCGCCUGUUCAACGCUUAUUCUCCUCACGCAAAUCUUCCUCUACCAUAUCAAUGAAAUAAAACUGGAAAUGUUCGAUUGUGGAUCGGAUGACUGGAGAGUUGUUGUAUCAUUCGAAAAUAUUGCUCAAGUUAUUUUUGAAAUUAUUGCUUGUGCUAUUUGUCCAUUUCCUGGUACGGGAUAUAUAAAUUGGACAUUUAUGAAAACAGAUCAAAUCCAUCAGUAUAUUACGACCAAGCAAGUACCCGUUGAUAUUAUUUUAUCUCUGUUGAUGCUUAUCAGAGUUUAUCUAAUUGCUCGUUUUAUGGUUCUUCAUAGCAAACAAUUUCAGGAUGCUUCAACUCGAACUUUAGCAGCACUGAAUCAAAUUCAAGUCAAUUUUUCAUUUGUGAUGAAGACCAUACUAGAUCAACAUCCCGUUGCUUUCCUUACUACUUUUACUAUUGUCUUCUGGAUUAUUAGUGCGUGGACAUUUGCUCAAUGUGAACGAUAUGGUCAAGAAGAAUCGAUCUUAUUACUGUACUCAAAUGCGCUUUGGUUUAUUGGAAUAACCUUUAUGUUAAAUGGUUACGGUGAUUUGGUACCUCAUACUCAUUGUGGUCGAGCUGUUGCUCUUACUGUGGGUGUGGUGCAGGGUGCUGCAGUGUCAUCCAUAAUGAUUGCUGUGAUUUCGCGUAAAAUGCUGUUAUCUGAAGCUCAACGUAAUGUAAACAAUUUUAUGAACGAUUCACGGCUCAGUAAAGAAUAUAAAGACGCUGCAGCACGUGUACUUCAAAAUACGUGGCAUAUUUAUAAAUGUUUCUCAUCAUGGCAUAAUACUAAUCGAAAUACAAAUAGUAUUUUACGUCAACAUCAAAGAAAAUUUUUAAAGGCUAUAAAAAAGUAUGCAACAAUUUCUGUAAAAAAUUUGUGUCAAUGA